AUGGGGGAGAAGAAGCGCAGGGUUGUCUCCUUAUAUGAGGUUUCCGAUAUUGAUCAAGAGGUUUUCAACGUUAGCUACAAUGGGGAAGAUAAAAUAGCUACGUGUGGUUGUAAAAAUUUUGAAAAGAUCGGCUUACUGUGUCGUCAUAUAUUUGUCGUAUACAUUAACCUCAAGAUUGAAUGCAUUCCUGAGAAAAAUGUGGUGAGUCGAUGGACUAAAUAUGCUCCCAAGAUAAUUCUUCAGGAAGUUGACAGUACAAUAGAUGCUCAAUGUUCUCGUAUGGAAGACAACAAGUAUCUUAUGAAUCAACUGCACUCAGAGUUCUUUGAGACUGUAGGUUUGGUUGAAGGCGAUACAGAUCAAAUGAACAUAUUUUUGCGUGGUUUGCGUGAUUUGAAACAGAUGCUUGCACAACAAAACCAGUCCGAUGUUGCUAGCGAUCAGCAGUUGUUUGAUCGGUAUUACGGCUAUUCUUUGCCGAAGGAAGUUUCAGUGUUGCCUCCAGAUCCAGUGAAAAAUAAAGGAAGUGGAAGUAGAUUAAAAUCGAGAAAAGAGAAGGAGCAACAACUUAAGAACAAACCUCUCAGAAGGUGUAGCAAAUGUCGUCAAAUGCGCCACCAUGAUGCUAGGAAUUGCGAUGAGGUAUCGACAACCUGGCUUAGAGCAAACUCAUGA